CACUCGUUACCACUAUCUAUGGUGCUUCUAGCCAUCUUAUUGCGCGUUUUUCUUUGUUUCCGAUACUUCAGUUAAUACUGUGUUCUAGUGUUCGACGCAUGACGCUUUCUCGGCGAGCAUCUGCUCGCUUCUUUGCAGUCUUCUAUCAAUGGCAUCGUUGCAUUGACGGACGACCAGGAUGUCUAUCCUUGAGUUCCAGGACAUAUGCCCGGACAUUCAGCUCUAGCCAUUCAAGUCCUUUAAGUUCCUCGACCACCGGUUUCGAGCUACCGCGCGUGACGCAAGAGAAGGAAGAAAUAGCCAAAGGAGCCAAAUCCCUGGAACAAGAGAAGCAAGACAUCCUCAACGGAGACAUAUUGGUGGAACGAGAAACGCAAGAUAUGCUCAGCGAAGACAUAUCCGUGGAGCAAGCGGAGGAAGAGGAAGUCAAGGGGACCAGCGACGCAUCACGAGGCGAUACAUUUGUUCGCGAUGAAGAAGCUUUGCUUCGAGGGUACCUAGAGACGCUGAAACCCGACAAGAUCACAGCAGAUCAAAAAGUUGCAGAGUUCACGGAACCGUUGAGCGAUAGAGUCCGCCUUCUCAUGCGCAGGGUUCCCCAUCCAGUCGUGGUCCUCACUGCCGCCUCCCCACCACCCCAUGUCGACGCACCACUCGGGCUCACCGUUUCUUCGUUCACUACUGUCACGCUUGACCCUCCGAUCAUAUCUUUCAAUAUCAAGCAUCCUUCGCAGACUCUGGACGCUAUACGUGCUGAUCAAGGCCGCUUUCGGAUCCACUUUUUGUCCUCGACUCGCCAGGCCACGCGCAUCGCCCGAUCCUUCACCCAGGGCAACCAUGAGAAAGCUUUCCUGAAGAGGCAGAAAUUGGCAAAGAUGGAUACGUCGGGGAGGGAUUUUUCCCGAGCUGCUCAUAUUAUCCACCCUCACGUGUGCGCUUCGAUGCAAUGUGAGUUGACACAAGAAGUGGAGGUGGGAGAUCACAUCAUCGCGGUCGCGAAAGUACUUUCCAUCAGUACAGACGACGUUGCGGAAUCCAUCUUAACGUACGUCGGAGGCAAAUUUGUUGAGCGCCCUCGCAGUGAGCUCCAACCGGCUAGGAGGAACACAGAACCUAGACCGAAACACUGGCAUCCACUUUACUCUCUUCCACUCUUUCCUGGGGAGGCAGAUCGAGAACAAGUGAGGGAAGACUUGAUAGAAUACGUCAAUUCCCGCCCUCGGCUCGCCAGUCUUUCUUUCAACUCCGCGAAAGUCCAGCUUAUGAAAGAGCUCUAUAUGGAGGCAAACCCGCUUGGAAUUCGCCUGUACAAUCUCCUUCUAGAAGCCGCACAUCGCCGACAACUGAGGAACAUUGAGAAGCGGGAGAAUUUGGAUGAACACAUUUCCAGCUUGCUGCCGUGCUCAAAUCGACCAUCACCGUCCGAUAUGGAGAAGGUCAUAGAGAAAGCGAAGAAGCUGGUUCAACGUGACCCUUCCUACCUCACCUUACCGGCCGAUCGAUUGUUUGUCAUGCUAGGACUUUCCUUACAGACGGGAACACUCGCAAGUGACAUCUUGAAUCCGCUACGUGCGGAUGGCCUUAUUCCGCCUUUCCAACCCGUUGAUGGUCCGAUCAGAGUCAAAACCGGACGUGAGGGCUUCGCCACAAUCCACCACUUCGAACAACUAGAGCACAAGAUGAGAGUCUGGAUGCAAACUGCAGGCUCUCAUAAAAGCGAUUUAAUGGGAGCGCGGCAUUUCUCCCGUGAGCUCUGCGACAACGGGACGUGGGCAACGCUUUGGGCCAGCCAGGUGCACACGCGCAUCUACAUGGACACUUUCCCCGACGUCAAAGGCGAGUUCGAAUUCUCCGGCCACCUCGGUCUUCCCCAGGCCCGCGUCGCCGUCUCUCGUAUCUUCGCCUACCUGCACAAGGAGCCUUCGCGGUUGGCGCAACGCAUCCGCCAACCUUGGCGCAGGAUCCUCUGGUCCAGCGGCGUCCAUCCACUUGUCACGGGCUUCGAUCCCGUCUUCUUUUGCAAGAGACUCCAGUACUGGUUCCUCAAGCAUCCCCUCCCUGACUACAGCGCCCUGGUCCGGAAGCUCAAGGAUUCGCAUUUCGUGAAGACAGUCUCCGUGGACGACCUUCAAUGGAGAGCGGAUGAAGUCGUUGAUACCGCGCUCGUGCAGGCGGUGGAUUGGUCGCGUAGCGAUCUCUUCCGCGCGCUGGGCUUGCACCCGGAGGCGCGCCUGGUGCUGGAGGAUGGCUCCAAGAAGCAAAUCACGUUGCUGGUCGUCGGGCGCGCACUGCACAAUGCGCUGAGGCACCGACAAAAGUAUGAAAAAUUCUACGAUUUGCCUGCCGAGGAGCGCAAGGCUGUGGAACGCUUCACUGAACGGUUUGGAGCGUUUUUGCUGACGGGGAAGGAGGCGGAGCGGUUGAGUGGGUUGCCGAAGACGGCGUUUCCGGAGGAUGAGGAGGAGUUUGUCAGGAAUGUGGAGUACGCGGUUGACAAGCUUAUGAGUGAUGCUUGGAAAGCUAGACACGAGAAAAUAAGGGCACGGCGCGAAUCUGGGAAGGAUGAAACGGAGUGAGGCAUGGGCCUCAUUGCAACGUGGGUUUUCGUGCGAGCGAGUCAGCGACGGUAUGUACGAUUAAGAUGUAUACUGUAAUGUUCUACUGUGCUGUGAUGAACGUACAUCAGCGCCUGAAGACAACAAGAUAUCCAAC